AUGAAGCACAAGAAGUCGGCGGAUGACGGGGAACUGCCAGCGCAUGCUCCAACAGGUCUUCCAGACGAUUUCAAUGCCGACGAAGACAUCGGUAUCGGAGACAGUUAUUCGUUGAGGGGCCUCAUUCACUACCGCUGUAUCAUCGAGCAAGUGGAGAAGAUGCUGGGCGGGGCUGGGAGCGGGCAUGAGCUGCUGUCGCGCAUCGCCGAUUGCGUGCAAGCUCAUCAGCAAGCGAAUGAAAAGUCUGAGAGUUUCGAUCGCAACGUCAGCGUGGACAAUGAGCUCUCGUACCCGAAACUCGACGUCACCGAAGGGGAUAGUGUCGGGCGACUGACUGACCAGGGACUGUCCGUGAACCUUGAGGGGACAUGUAGAAGUCUCCAACGGGAACAACCUGAAAUUGGCCAGUUCUCGUCUUACGCGAUAGCGAUCUCGCGCUACAUUUAUUUCCACGGGCGCUCAAAGCUGGCGGUUGUAGCCGAUGACCUGGAAUCGUUCUGGUACAUCCUCCUCUACCACGCCAUCCUCAGGAUCCGAUCAAACUGCAGUGGGUGGGCGAUUUGGAUACAAUUCUUUCAGAGCCACCUCGCCAUACUAGAGAGGGAGCUUGCCGUCCGAUUCGGGGUCCUCGAGAUCAGAGGAGUGGGUAAACUCUCGUUCAAGGAUGCCACGAUAAAUGGCGUGAUCUACGACUUGCUCGGUUUAUUCCCCGCACACUACAAGGUCGUGGAAUAUGACAGGCGCCGCAAACUCCACCCCUCCGACAAAAACCCUCCGCCCACAGGCGCGGAGCUGGCUCUCGCCGAGAACGUCAAGGAUCACGAGAUGUUCCUAGAGAUUCUCGAGAAGGCCCUUAUAUCAUUGAGGUGA